ACAGUCUGGAACUAGACCCGCCUCCGACGCUUGGGUUGGCCGGGGAGGAGCCAGGUAGCAGCUAUACUGACACGUAAGACUCCUGUUUUAAGGGACAAUCUAUAUCUUUUCCAAAGUUUAACAUCGAUACGACUUCCUCUUGGGAGGCUUGUAUCGUGGACCUGUUCGUGGACAGAGACCCGAGUGGAUUGUCUCAGGGUGUCGCGGUUCCGACAGCAGAUCACAAUAUGAGAUUUUCAGCCUUUAUUUCUGUCCUCCGAUCGGUCGGCCCGGUGGUCAUCGGUAUUUCUUUGGGGUUUACAUUGAGUUUACUCAGUGUGAACUGGACGGAAGAAGCGUGUUUCUCGGAUGUGAAAGAUGGUGAGGAUGUGACUUUGGGUCGAGAUGGACAGCUUAAGGGAGCUCGGAAGCCCAACUCUAUAUCGACUGCCAACGAUGUGGAAUCCGAUGGAGACUUCGAACCAAGAAUAGUGCCAUACAAACAAGUUCAGCAGGGUACCCCCAAGAAAGUUUUCAGAGCGAAAUACAUCAGCACAGAGCUGGGAAUGCGAGAGCGUCUGUUUGUUGGGGUCCUGACAUCCAAAAACACAAUUAACACCCUGGGUGUCGCCGUCAAUCGCACCAUUAGCCACCACCUGGACACCGUGGUCUUCUUCACUGGUAUGCGCAGCCGCAAAGUUCCUCAUGGCAUGUUCGUUGUGUCUCACGGAGACGAGAGGCUGAUAUGGAACAUGUUUCAGAACAUCAAAUACAUUUUAGAUCAUUACAUCAACGAAUAUGACUGGUUUUACUUUGUGCAAGAUGAUGCCUACACUGAAGCUGACAGGAUUAAAACCCUAGUAGAUCACCUUAGUAUGGACCGAGAGCUUUAUAUUGGCAGUCCUGAGGAGUUCAUCGGGGGGAAGAUGGAGGGAAAGUAUUGCUACGGAGGUUUUGGGUACCUCUUGUCACGUACCUUGCUCCUCCGACUUCAGCCCUUCCUGGAAAACUGUAGGAAUGACAUCUUGAGUGCAAGGCCUGACGAGUGGCUUGGAAGAUGCAUCAUUGAUUAUACGAGCACAAACUGUGUUGCAGAAUACGAGGGGCUAGAGUAUCACCAUUAUCAGUUGGGGAAAAACUCUGAUCCCAGUAAAGAGCAGAACGAACACUUCAAGAAGGCUCUGGUUGUCCAUCCAGUGUCUGACCCUGAGCAGAUGUACCGGCUGCACAGAUACUUCAGUGAGAUUGAACUCCAGAAGACUUACGAUGAGAUCGCUAAGCUCCAGGCAGAAAUAAUAAAUGUGAGUGUAGUUGCUUUCGAGGGAAACCGAAGCGCCCAGUGGCCUGUGGGGAUCAGUCCACCAUUUGAGCCCAAAUCUCGCUUUGAAGUUUUGAAGUGGGAACAUUUUACAGAAGAGGAGAUUUACUCAUGCAUCGAUGGCUCUCCAAAAUGUGAACUACAGGGCAUUGAUCGCAUGGAUGUCGCUGAUGUUAUUGCCACAGCCAUGGGAGAGCUAAAUAAGAAGUACAAGCCUGUCUUACACCUGAAGAAGCAGCAGCUGAUUAAUGGAUACAGGCGCUUUGACCCUGUCAGAGGCAUGGAAUAUACCUUGGACCUCCAGCUUGAGGUGGUUAACCAAAAAGGUUAUAGUCGUUCAAUCACUAAGCGGGUUCAUUUGGUGCGACCUUUGAGUCGGAUUGAGAUCAUCCCCAUGCCGUAUGUAACCGAGGCUACAAGGGUUCACAUCAUUAUACCUCUCACUCUUCAAGACCGGACUUAUGUCAGCCACUUCCUGGAGGUUUUUGCCUCGAAUGCUUUUGAGACGAGUGAAAACGCCAUCCUUACUUUCUUGUUUAUUUAUGACCCAGUGGAAGCACAGCAGGUGAAUCAGAAUGAUAUAUUUGCCAGUGUGAAAACUCAGAUAAAUGCUUAUGAACAUAAAUACCCCACAGUAAAAAUCCCGUGGAUAAGUGUCAAGACGGAAACACCAUCCCAGAUUAAGUAUAUGGAUAUCAUCUCCAAGAAGCACCCCGUUGACACUCUGUUCUUCUUAGCCAGUGCCAACACAAACAUUAGUCCUGAGUUUCUGAACCGCUGCCGCAUGAAUUCCAUCAACAACUGGCAGGUGUUUUUCCCCAUCCAUUUCCAGGACUUCAACCCUGAUGUGGCCUUUCACAACCAGCAGCAUCCUGUGACGGUCGAUCUGAUCAAGGAAGCGGGCCAUUUCGACCGCAGGUCAUUUGAAGAAGCGUGCUUUUACAACUCAGACUACAUGGCAACACGCACACGCAUGGUGGCGGACGUCCAAGAGAAUGAAGAGAUUCUAGAAACACUGGACAUCUACGACAUAUUCGUGAAGUAUUCAGGUCUCCACGUCUUUAGGGCAGUGGAGCCGGCAUUGCACCAGCAGUACAAGUACCAAGAAUGCAAUCCACACCUUAGUGAAGACAUCUAUCAUAGGUGUGUUCAGAGCAAUAUGGAAGGUGUUGGUUCCCGCUCCCAGCUCGCUAUGCUUCUGUUUGAACAAGAGCAAGGAAACAGCACUUGAAACCAGCCGUGAACCUUGUACUUGUGUUCGAAUCUAUGGUUGAAACCGGUCUUGAUGCAAUGUAGAAUUUAGACUGAACAAGUUGUACCACCCAUAAUUUUACCCUAAAAACAGCCCACAUCUGGGGUUGUGAUUACAUAAAUGACUGUGCCUGAUAUUCUCUACCAGUUGGUACACAACAUGAGUUAUUUUACUUGUGUUAGUUUUUUUUUUUUUGUGAAUGCAGUACAUUUCAAAUCUAACCUUUUCCUUAAAUGUUUACAACACUUGUUCAUACAGAUGAAUCGCUAGAACCAAAUUAUUUUCCAACACUUGUGCUUCUAAAAGCUGUGUAAAGCAAUUUCUUAACCACUAGGUGGCAGGCACGCACACUAGUAGAGCCCCGACUUUGUGCUCAGUAUCAUGCAGUACACAUCCAGUGCACACAGAACAACAUGGACAAUCAUCUGUGUAGUCUUCUUUUCCAUGAGUCCAAUGUAAUUCAGACAUUUCUUACCUUUAAAUAUUUUGUGUUAUAGAGGAGGCGUAUAAUGGACGAAUGUUUAAAAAUGGCAUUGCUGCAACUGCUUGAAUUAGUUUGACAGCAACUUGGUAAAAUGUCAAAGUUGAAUCUAAGCCCGAGUAGCACAUACAGUGUGUAAACUGUCAUGCCAUUUAAUGCGAUCUUGUUAAUUGAUGUUUAAAAUGUAUAGUUCUAAUGAGUAUAAAUCAACAUAUUGCACAGCAGGUAGUGUGUAAUUUAUGCAAGGUCAUUGAAGCUUUGGACUUUUUUAUAGUUACUGAUUAAGUAUUUACAAAAGCAGAUAUUUGUGUGUGCCUUUACACUGAAACAGCAUAUGCUGACUGAAAUUAUAUAUAAUUAUAGUAUUGUUACAACAUGAACAAGUUGAGCAAGUGUGAAAUGCAGACAAAGCCUGCGACACAGCUGGAGAGAGUGGAAUAGGUAGUGAUUUAACAUAAAGACUUUGCUUGAUUGCGACCAUCCACAGGUGGAAAAGUGCCUUAAGUUAUAUAUAAUGAUUCUUUUAGUCUCUUCUGUUUGUCAUCAGAGAUUACAGACAAAAGUGUGCAUUCCAGUAGGUGAGCGGUGUGUUUUCCCCAUGAAACUUUUUGAUGUUCCAGAAUUAUUCAUGAGGAAGAAAAAAAAACGGAAUUUUAAGCGUUUACCACAGAAAUGUUAAAUAGGUAUCCCAGGUGUGUCAUUCCUUUUUCCAAGUUCUUGCUGAAGUACUUUGCAAUAGAACUUAAAUAGUAUUGAAAUAACUGAAAUUUGUAUGAAACAUAUGUCUAUGUUACCAAGUAUAGCAGACAAUUUUAUAUAAGAUGGUAUUUAAGUGUUCCAAAGUUUAUUGCAUUGUAUUGCUAAAGAUAUUCUAUAUUUAAUGAGCAUUGGUGGAGGUAGGACCAGAAAGUUACAAGUAAACUGUUAUGUGCAAUAUUACAGAUAACACACCUGGAGAGAUGUCCAAAGUAGGAGAGAGGAAUAGCAGAGUUCAUGUUGAUAUUCUGGUUACAUAAAACGAGUGGUGCUUUCUGUUCAAUGUAAAGUUUAUACACUGUUGUUUCUUUUUACAAGUCCUUUUAAUAUAAUUUGCUGACACGAGACACUUUCAUCAUUAAAUUAACUUUGACAGAUUAAAAUAAGGGCGAGUCCUUUAUUUGACUUCAGUCGAGUAAGUAGACGUUGGAAACAUUACAUUCACAGUGGUGGUCCACACAAAUGUUUGCAGUAUUACCUGCCAUGUGAGGGCUGAUCAUGGAGGUCACCUAGCUAGUGCUACCUUUUGCAAUAAUUCCAUAGUGUAUCUCUUAAGUUGACGAGAGAAGUCUUCACCAUGACAGUACUCAGCUGACGUCGUAAGAAUGUUCUUGAUUCUUUGAUUAAUAAUGUGCAGAAUUGAGAAAUUAAUUUUUUCCAUAGCACGCUGUGAAACACAGGAGACUGAGAUCGCAGAAUGAAGUUAUUGUGAUCAUCUGCAUCCACUUUCCCCUGUGUAGACAACAUGAAGCUGAAAAAAUAAUGCAAAUGUUGUAGAUUAAUCACCUUGUGUUAUUAACACAACCGACAUUGCUGAGCAAGUCUAAAGGAUUUUGUCCAUUAUUUAUUUAUCUGUCAUUUCUCCAUAAAUUAUGCAGAACAAAGGCUCUCAUGACAUUCUCAGUCUGUGUUUAAAUAUUUGAUAGACUGUUUUUAGCCCUUUUUUAGUGUUGUCUAGACAACAUUUUAUGUUAUUAUUUUUGAUGACAAAAAUCUACUGUAUCUUACUUUGUGUUUUGAAUCAUGUUUUUCGACCACAAUGCAACUUAAAAUGCUUUUUCUUACAAGGAAUUCAUUUCAAAAUACAGAAAAAUACAAUCAUGUAAAUCGAUGCUCUGAUCUAUCAGUUUUCAGCAUUUUUGCAUAUGGGUACGAGUGAAACCAAAGCAAUAUAUUUUAAUAAAUACUCAUCACAAAUAAUUGUGUGGUGUAAUUCCUAAUGAACUGUGAAUUAUUGUAAUUUUAAAUAAAGACUUUUUUCUUA